AGCAGGCAGAAAAGUUCCCGGUCGAGAGGACUCGCAUCUGAUAUAUCGUCUGACGGCCUGCAGGAGAUGAGCAGCACGCGUCUGUCUCGCGCCAUCUCGUGCGACAGCGUCAACUCCGAGUCGUCGUGUUCGGAAGGAGGCACGAUCAUUGCAUGCAGGCAGCCGCCACGUGCGGAAUCCUCGAGUGCGGCUUCGAGUACGACAGGGAAGUGUCUGAACUGGUGGUAAGCGUGAUACAAGGCAAGAACCUGGUGCUCAGUGACAACGCUGGCUCGUUUGAUAGCUACGUCAAAGUGAUGCUACUUCCUGACAAGGAAGCAAAACACCAAACUAAGGUUCAGAGGAAGACCAACAAUCCGGUUUUCAAGGAACGGUUUCACUUCGUUGUCGAGCCCCAGCAGCUGGACCUGAGGACUGUUAGGUUAUUUGUCCACGGAAAUGACAAAUUCCAGCGCAACGUUCUUAUAGGAGAUGCGGAAGUGAAACUAAGCGACGUAGAUCUGAUUCGCCCGUUCAGUACCUGGUUCUACUUACGUGACGCUUCUGUUGGUAAACAAAAUGACCUUGGCGACAUCAUGUUCUCCCUCAGCUACCUGCCGACAGCGGAAAGGCUGACUAUUGUCAUCGUGAAGGCGAGAAAUCUCAAGUACAGCGAUCAGAAACAAAAUGGAGAUUCCUUCGUAAAGGUCUAUCUACUACAGAACGGAAAGAAAAUCAACAAGAAAAAGACAACGACUAAGCGAGGAGAAUGCAACCCUAUAUUUAACGAAGCGAUGAUAUUUAACGUGUCUGCUCAAAUUCUACAGUCGAUCCAACUUCGCAUAUCCAUCAGUGAGAUGGCUGCAGACGGAGAACAGCUCACCGUCGGUCACGUGAUCGUCGGCUCGAGCACCAGCGGAAAGACUCUGUCGCACUGGAACCAGAUGAUGACGUCACUGCGCAAACCGAUCGCCAUGUGGCACACCGUGCGCAAAUAAGCGCUAACCGCAUUGCGCGAAGCGACUUUUGCGACGUUCGGCCCUGCUGCUACGACGUCGUCUACCUUAGCUGGGGCACCACGCCGUGUGCGCGGCUUCCGUUAGCUUCAUGCGAAGAGUUGCCUGGUUAAUCAUGCGCAGGUGCGACGUACGGUGGCGUAGUUACUGCGUAACCUACAGUGCAAGGAAAGUCAGCAGCGGGUUUGAGUAAUUGUUGGCGCUGUUUAACACCGCAGCGCUUUGACGCUGAAGCUACCUUCUAUGUGGUGCAGUGCCGGAUCCAGGAGGGAGGGGGCACAGGGGGCGGCCCCCUAGAAUUUUCAGGGUAUUUUAGCCUCCUCCCCUCCCCCUUCGGGCGCUUCGUGCUAUUGAUCUCGCAUGAUUCGCCCCCCUAGAAUUCCCUUCUGGAUCCGUGACUGUGGUGUGUGUGAGUAACCGAAUAUUCCUAGCAAAAAUGCACCGCAAAAUCUUAUUGCUUGAUGUUUGACGUUUGGAAGAGUCUAUAUGUAUGCGUAAUGAGUUAUUUCACGAAUAGUGAAUAACAAAGUAAUGUAAUUUUUUAACUGAAUUUGAAUUCCAAGUGUACUUCUUACAUUUCAAUUAUUCACUAGAAUAUAUAUAUAUAUAUAUAUACAUAUGUAUAUAUAUAUACAUAUAUGUAUAUAUAUAUACACACAAACAAACUUUAUUGUCAUUCAAUUGAUUAUAUAUUCAAUGAAUCAUAUUUAUCAACUAUGAUUGAUCUAUUUUCAGAUUUCUUCUAUUUUAAAUACCCAA